CAGCGGCUCGGCGCGGUGUGUUCGCGGCCUAGCGGGGCCUCAGCCGGCCCAACGCCUCCCCCGCGCCAUCCCCGCCCCGCUCCGCAGCCGACGGGCCAUUUUGGAGAGAACUAUAGGGGUCUGAGAAAGCGGUCAUUUUCACUGAGGAAACCAGUUGGCUUGGAACAGAAGAUUUUUCUUUUAGGGAGCUUUUUUUGGAUGACAGAUUGUGACUGCAAGAAUGUCUUUUCCACCUCAUUUGAAUCGCCCUCCUAUGGGAAUCCCAACGCUUCCCCCUGGGAUCCCACCUCCACAGUUUCCUGGUUUUCCUCCGCCUGUACCUCCUGGGACCCCUAUGAUUCCUGUACCGAUGGGCAUCAUGGCUCCUGCUCCAACUGUGUUAGUUCCUACCACAGUGUCUAUGGUUGGAAAACAUUUGGGAGUCAGAAAAGAUCAUCCUGGCUUAAAGAACAAAGAAAAUGAUGAAAACUGCGGUCCCACUACUACUGUUUUUGUAGGCAACAUUUCAGAGAAGGCCUCAGACAUGCUCAUACGGCAGCUUCUAGCAAAAUGUGGUUUGGUUUUGAGUUGGAAGAGAGUGCAAGGGGCAUCUGGAAAACUUCAAGCCUUUGGAUUUUGUGAGUACAAAGAGCCAGAUUCUACCCUACGAGCACUGAGACUACUCCAUGACCUCCAGAUUGGAGAGAAGAAGCUGCUGGUCAAAGUUGAUGCAAAGACAAAGGCUCAGCUAGAUGAAUGGAAAGCAAAGAAAAAGGCAUCUAAUGGGAACUCCAGACCAGAGACAACAAAUGAUGAUGACGAAGCACUGGAUGAGGAAACGAAGAGAAGAGAUCAGAUAAUUAAAGGGGCCAUUGAAGUCUUAAUACGAGAAUAUUCCAGCGAGCUCAAUGCCCCCUCCCAGGAAUCUGACUCUCACCCCAGGAAGAAGAAAAAGGAAAAGAAGGAGGACAUUUUCCGCAGAUUUCCAGUGGCCCCACUGAUACCUUAUCCACUCAUCACCAAGGAGGAUAUAAAUGCUAUAGAAAUGGAGGAAGACAAAAGAGACCUGAUAUCAAGAGAGAUCAGUAAAUUCAGAGACACACACAAGAAACUGGAGGAGGAAAAAGGCAAAAAGGAAAAAGAAAGACAGGAAAUUGAAAAAGAACGCAGAGAAAGAGAAAGGGAACGGGAGCGUGAACGAGAAAGGAGGGAGCGUGAAAGAGAGAGGGAACGUGAACGAGAGAAGGAGAAGGAACGGGAGCGUGAACGGGAGCGAGAUAGGGACCGUGACCGAACUAAGGACCGAGACAGAGACCGCGAGCGAGACAGAGACCGGGACAGAGAUCGUGAAAGGAGUUCAGAUCGCAAGGAUCGGAGCAGAUCAAGAGAAAAAAGCAGAGACCGGGAAAGAGAACGAGAACGUGAGAGAGAAAGAGAACGGGAACGCGAGAGGGAACGGGAAAGAGAACGGGAGCGGGAAAGAGAACGGGAAAGAGAGCGGGAAAAGGAUAAGAAGAGAGACCGAGAAGAAGAUGAAGAAGAUGCCUACGAACGACGAAAACUGGAGAGGAAACUGCGUGAAAAGGAAGCUGCAUAUCAAGAGCGUCUUAAAAACUGGGAAAUCAGAGAACGAAAAAAAAGUCGAGAAUAUGAGAAAGAGGCUGAGAGGGAAGAAGAAAGAAGACGGGAAAUGGCAAAAGAAGCCAAACGGUUGAAAGAAUUCUUGGAAGAUUAUGAUGAUGACAGAGAUGAUCCAAAAUACUACAGGGGUAGUGCUCUUCAGAAGAGGCUAAGAGACAGGGAGAAAGAGAUGGAAGCAGAUGAACGAGAUAGGAAAAGGGAAAAGGAAGAAUUAGAAGAAAUUAGGCAGCGUCUUCUGGCGGAAGGACAUCCAGAUCCAGAUGCAGAACUCCAGCGGAUGGAGCAGGAGGCUGAGCGGCGUAGGCAGCCACAAAUAAAACAAGAGCCAGAAUCUGAGGAGGAAGAGGAAGAAAAGGCAGAAAAAGAGGAAAAAAGAGAAGAGCCAGAGGAAGAGGAAGAGGAGCCUGAACAAAAGCCCUGCCUUAAACCAACUUUACGACCCAUCAGUUCUGCUCCAUCUGUCUCUUCAGCUAGUGGAAAUGCAACUCCUAACACACCUGGUGAUGAAUCUCCCUGUGGCAUCAUUAUCCCUCAUGAAAAUUCACCUGAACAACAGCAACUGGAGGAGCAUCGUCCCAAAAUUGGACUCAGCCUCAAAUUGGGUGCCUGCAACAGUCCUAAUCAGCCCAAUGCUGUAAAAAGGAAGAAACUUGCUGUGGAUAGUGUUUUCAAUAAAUUUGAUGAUGAAGACAGUGACGAUGUGCCCCGGAAAAGGAAACUUGUUCCCCUGGAUUAUGGAGAAGAAGAUAAAAGCAAUAUCAAAGGCAGUGUCAAUACAGAAGAAAAGCGCAAGCACAUUAAAAGUCUCAUUGAGAAGAUACCCACAGCAAAACCAGAGCUCUUUGCUUAUCCUCUUGACUGGUCAAUUGUGGAUUCAACACUAAUGGAACGUCGAAUUAGACCAUGGAUUAAUAAGAAAAUAAUAGAAUAUAUUGGUGAAGAAGAAGCCACACUAGUUGACUUUGUUUGCUCUAAGGUUAUGGCUCACAGCUCACCUCAGAGCAUACUGGAUGAUGUUGCCAUGGUACUAGAUGAAGAAGCUGAAGUUUUCAUAGUCAAAAUGUGGAGGUUGUUGAUAUACGAGACAGAAGCAAAGAAGAUUGGCCUAGUGAAAUAAAGCACUCUCCUUGCUUCUAGGGUUCCAUUUCAAUUUUGGGCUUUUUUUUCCCCCCCAUUGUUCAGAGACUUUGAAAUCUCUGUUCUCAGAGACUUGAGACCUGUAUUUUUUUAUGUAGAAAAUGUGAAUUUUUUUGUCCUCUGCUCUGAGGCCCCUUUUACCCUUCUCAGUUAGUUAUCAAAUCCUGCAUUGGUUCUCUUUAUAAUACAUGAGGUACAAUUACCGGUAUGUUUUAUAAGCUGCAGCUACUGUACAUGCUCUUUGGUAAUUUUGUUAUGUUACUCUGAUUCUUGUAAAUAUUAAGAAAAAAAUAUCCCCUGUUUUGCAAAACAUUUGCACUUAAUGUGGAACUAUAUCAGUUACAGAUGAAGACAAAGGAUUUUACUGCAAGUUUAUCGGUCUUUUUUUGGGAGCAUACUUUCCCUUUUUUAUUUAAGAAAUGAUCAAAAUACAAUUUAAAAAUAAGUGUCUUGAGCUGUUUUCACAGAACAGCUUUGUGUGUUCAUUUGAUCUCUUCAUCUGACUGGAAAAGGAGUUCCUUCAGACUUCUCUUUCUAAUGUGAACCAGUAGUAAUCUUGGUACUUUGUUGCCCAUUAAGAGUUACUAAUGAAGCUGGGAACCUCAUCUCUUACAGAUGUUCUGCUUCUUUCCCAGAAAGUGCAAAUCACAGGAAGUUUUUUAUUUGCUCAGUUAAAACAAGAGCAGGACCUAAAUUCAGUAAGUGCUAUCUAAUGGUUUUUGGUUUUUUCUUCUGCUCGAUUUCAUUCUAGCCCUACCUACUAUCCCUUCUGUCUCUAAAAUAAUCAGAUGGCUUUUUUAAGAAGAAACUAUUUUUAAAAACUUUUUUUCUUUUUUUUUAGUAUUUAGAAACAAAACAAAAAGCCCUGUUUGGAUGUAGCUGUCUCUUAAAAAAAAAACCAAAAAAAACCAACCAUGUAGACUAAAACAUUAAGUUGUCAAACAAAGCGGAAAUCUUGUUUUUAUCCAUACUGUUAAACUAGCCCUGACUUUUGUUUUCUACUGUUUGCAGUCUGUUGUCCACAAAAAGAGGGUAAUAUUUUCCUGCCUUGUUUGUAUGUUUUUUUUAUAAAUAGACUGAUAUGGUAUAAAUGAUGACAUGUACUGUAAACUGCAUUUUUUUAAUCUCAUACCUGGGUAAGAAGUCAAAUCUAUAAUGUGCUGUAAGCUGUUAUGAUUGCAGGAGGACUGUGUUCCAGGGAGCAAACGGUCUCAAAGUUAUUUUUAAUUUUUGAAACAAAAUUCUUAAUAUCAAACAAAUUAAGUAAAGGUGUUCCAGUAUCUCUGUAUUGUAUUUAACUGAAGGAUACAGGUUGACCUGUUCAGAAAACAUAACUGUGACCUUGAGUUACUAGUUGUUUGUAUCUGGAGAGGACACUUGAAAACACUGUUCUUAACAAUUGGGAUCGUGUAUAGGUUCCGCCAUGUAAAUAUUUCAGAUAUUAAAAAUGUAUAUAUUUGA